AUGGCUUUGGUGACUCUCGUGUCCAUCGGGCUUACGACAGGUGCCCUGGGUAUUUGGCUGAUUACCUGUUACUUCUAUUAUCGCACAUCCAAUGGUAGCCAUAGCCAUACUGAUGGACCGCCGUCGAGCCGAGAAAAUGCAUCCCGUCAUGCUCACCUUCUCGUCGUUCUGGGCAGCGGCGGGCACACAGCAGAAAUGCUGUCCAUGUUAGCGCGUGCGCCUCUGGAUCCUAAUAUCUUCACCCACCGCACCUAUGUCGUCAGCUCAGGGGACUCAUUCAGCGCUCUCAAAGCUACGGAAUUUGAGAAGGACCUUCUUGAGCAACAUUUGCCUCCUGCUUCUCCUGCUGUUACUGCUGCCACUAGUAAAAGAGGGCCAAUCCCGUCUCCGCCUACAACUCUGCAGAAACGCCGCCGACAGGAGAAGAAGAAGCCUGAAGAAAGGAAGCCUCCAGAUUCGUCUGCCUCUAAAACACUAUCAGAAACACCUUCGUCAUCAUAUACAAUCGUCACCGUUCCUCGCGCAAGAAAGGUACAUCAAUCAUUCUUGACAGCGCCGGUAUCGACCCUUCAUUGCCUGUGGGCCUGUAUAAAUGUUCUCCGAGGCACACAUCCCGAUCAACAACCGCAGAAGGGUCAUGAUAUAUCCUCUCCAUUGCCAGCUCUAACCUCAACGGGGCUAACCCCACCAACAACACCCUAUCCAGACAUAAUCCUGACAAAUGGCCCUGCCACCGCCGUCUGCGUCAUCCUGGCUGCAAGGAUCCUACGUGCCGUCGCCUCCAUUUCCAUAUUCCUCCUCUGUAACUCCUUCCGACAAAAACCGUCACAACAAUCGCAGUCCUUUCCCAGGCCCCAGGAAAGAUAUCUACGCACCGUAUUCGUCGAAUCAUGGGCACGCGUCACUACGCUUAGUUUAUCAGGGAAGAUAGUGCUGCCGCUUGUGGAUCGGUUUUUAGUGCAAUGGGACGGGCUGGCAGGGCGUUCGAGCUGGCUCGGUGGGGAAGACUGA